UCGCAAUAUAAAGCAAAAGUAUACAACGCAGACAUAUAAAUCUCAUUUCUCAACUCUCGUCUCUCUCUGGUCUCGACCAAACCCAUCUCUCUCUCUCUCUCUCAAAUCUCUCUCGUGCGAAUCUCGAUGGCGGCUUUAUCGCGCCGGAGCUGCAAUCUCCUGAAGCCUCUCCCCACGCUACUCCCCUACACCUCUCAUUUCCGCCGUUCGGUCUCCACCGACUCCACGCCGUUCACCGUCGAGACCUCGAUUCCGUUCACCAGUCACAACUGCGAGCCGCCGUCGCGCUCCGUCGAGACCUCCGCCGCCGAGCUGAUGACGUUCUUCAACGACAUGGCGAAGAUGAGGCGCAUGGAGAUCGCGGCGGAUUCGCUGUACAAGUCGAAGCUUAUUCGUGGAUUUUGCCAUCUCUAUGACGGUCAAGAGGCCGUUGCUAUUGGUAUGGAAGCUGCAAUUACGAAAAAAGAUUCAAUUAUUACUGCGUAUCGUGAUCACUGUAUAUUUUUGAGUCGUGGAGGAACUUUAGUUGAGUGUUUUGCUGAAUUGAUGGGGAGAAAAGACGGUUGUUCGAAAGGGAAAGGAGGCUCUAUGCAUUUUUAUAAGAAGGAUAGUGGUUUUUAUGGAGGACAUGGAAUCGUUGGUGCCCAAGUUCCUCUAGGUAUCGGAUUAGCUUUUGCUCAGAAGUAUAAUAAGGAAGAUCAUGUAAGUUUCGCUUUGUAUGGAGAUGGUGCUGCAAAUCAGGGACAAUUGUUCGAGGCGCUUAAUAUGGCUGCUCUUUGGGAUUUGCCUGCAAUUUUGGUUUGCGAGAAUAAUCAUUAUGGCAUGGGUACUGCAGAAUGGAGAGCUGCAAAGAGUCCUGCUUAUUACAAGAGAGGAGAUUAUGUUCCUGGUUUGAAGGUUGAUGGCAUGGAUGCUUUGGCUGUUAAACAAGCUUGUAAAUUUGCCAAAGAGCAUGCACUGAAGAAUGGACCCCUCAUCCUUGAAAUGGAUACUUAUAGGUACCAUGGUCACUCUAUGUCCGAUCCUGGCAGCACAUAUCGUACACGUGAUGAGAUCAGUGGUAUUCGACAGGAGCGUGAUCCAAUUGAAAGAAUACGAAAGCUAAUACUAGCUCAUGACAUAGCUACCGAGAAAGAGUUGAAGGAUAUUGAGAAGGAAAAGCGAAAAGAAGUUGAUGAAGCUAUUGCUCAAGCCAAGGAAAGCCCUAUGCCAGAUCCUUCCGAGCUAUUCACCAAUGUCUACGUGAAAGGUUAUGGAGUUGAGGCCUGCGGCCCAGAUAGGAAAGCAGUUAAAGCUGUGCUUCCAUGAGCCUCUGAGAAAAUACAUGAACCAACAAAAUAACAAAGGAGAAAUGUGAAUUGUAAGAGGUUGUGUAAUUGCCAAACUCUUCUGCCUGCUUACGAAGUUUUUGUUUUUUAAUCAUCUCUAGUAGAAUGUUUGUUAGUAGUUUCGUUGAUGGAUAUUAUUUACAGUGGUUCUGUAAAUUUUUUCCCCUGGGAGGUGGGGAAGAGCCCCCCAAAAUAUAUAGGAUGUUGUUCAAGAGCAUUCCUCGGAGUCGCCAACUAUAUCAUAUGUAAAAUGAAAUUCACUUUCACAUCUUAUUGGCUUAUGGUUACUUAA